CGACUUUGAAUCCGAACAACAAAGACUUUCAAACAUCAUGAAAGUAGUCUCCCAUAAAGUGCAUUUCAAAUGCCAAGCAGUUUCCCUUGGCCGCCCCUCUCUCUAAUGGCAACUAAGAAAAGUAUACAUGGGACAGCCCAGAAGCUUGUCAUUUCCCAGUUGGGCGACAGGAGCAGAGAUCUGCAUUACAACAAAGCCCUCUCCCGCUUAAAUUACUUCAAUCAGAUAGUUCUACGCCACCGGAGCUUCCUAAACCCAUACACCCAUCCGGACACGGGCAAGCUCAGCAAAAUAUCGAAGCAAACCUUACAUGAUCUCCCCCCGUCUCUACGCGAACCUACCAUGGCGACGCUGGAGGCCGGGGACUCUAAGCCACCUAUUUAACUUCGUGUGAACUCGGGCUGGCUACUGUGAUAGGUGAUUCUUAUACACGUGCACUGAGACAAUGAGGUGUUAAGUGCCCGCACCCGCACGCGCAGGUGACGGAUGUGGAGAUUUGUGGAUGGAGAAUUUUGCUUAUAUCAAAGUGCCAUCUCGCGGGGAGCCUUGCUUGUGUGGACUCCUUUUCCGAGAUAAAGUUUGCACGCUUCAACGUCUAGCCACCUCUUCACCUCGUUGGUUUCUAGACCGCAACAAAGACAGAAAACGCAGCCAUGGCGCGCCUUCGUAUUUUAGGGGCUGUGGCCUUCUUGCUCCUGCAGGUUGCAAGAUGCGACGAUUCCCCUGUGUCGCGCGACUACCCUCUUGUUCCGGGUGAAAUUGAGGGAACACCGCCUAUCAAGUAUUCGCCUCCAGCUGGCUCCAUGCCCCUCAAUGGCCGAGAGCUGGUUUCCGAAUGGUCCAAUACUGGCUUCCUCUCCAAGCGUUAUUGUGUGGACGCUGGAUACGUACCGUGCUCUGACACCGGAUGCUGCCCUUCUCUAGGACAGUGCUGUCCCGGCUCUCCCUACUGCAAAGCCCAAUCGAACGGCGUCUGCUGCGGCUCCACGGGCGUCUGCCCCGGCGGCUUCGAGUGCAACUCCAUCUGCCGCUGCGUCGAGACCGGCGGGAGCUGUUGCGCGGACGGGCGAUACUGCCAGGCAGGACACUCGUGCUGCUACUCCGGCUGCGUGCCAGACGGGGGACAGUGCUGCUCUAACGGGCAGAUGUGCGAUGUGGGGAAUAUCUGCGUUGUUAAUUUGAGCAAUGGGCGGUACGGCUGCUGCACUGAUCUGAGCUGUACGGCGUAUGUGGAAAGCGGGAGCACGAUCGCUUUGACGCAUUCGACUCCGGUGGUUACGACGGAAGCUCCGCGAGUCACCCAGACUGUCGAUUCGGGCUAUGUCUAUUACUACUGGACUUUCACUUGGUCGUACUACUCCUAUUACUACACCUACAUAUACCAGGUAACGACGCUGACCACGACAUACGUGACAACGACAACCAUAAUCUCCGCCUACGAGUCCGACAGCGCAGCUGCCACUUCUGAGCUCAACCGAAUCUCUUCCAAGUACUUCAGCACGGGAUUCCCCACGCCGACAGAUGCUACUACCGCGCUGGCUGCCACUACCAACGCGAACACGCCCUCGGAGACAGGGUCUAGCGGAAACGACGGAAAUAACGGCGGUAGCCUCCCUGGCGUUGGCAUUGGUGGUGUUGGCGGGGGCGGCGGCUCUGUUGGGGGAGCGGGGAUGGUGAAGAGCAGUUUGCCUACGCUGACCUUGUGGGCGUUUGCGAUGGGGGCAGUGGCUGUUGGGACCGGGAUGCUGUUACUGUGAUGUCCUGGAAAAGGAAGAUUGUGUAUACCAUGCAAGGCUAUGAGUUGUGGAUGCGGAUGCGGAGAGAGGAAGCCGCUCGGAUCUAAUGGCUAGGCGGGGGAGGAGUUGUAUAGUAGACGCCGUAGGCGUAUGGAAUGGGCCCGAGGGAUGACCAAUGAUACCAACGUUUCUAUGAUAUAUUGCGUAUAGGUUGUUGGUUUGGGGGCUAACAUGCACCAGAGCAAUAAGAGCUGCGGUUAUAUCUAGAUAUAGAUAUGCAAACCAACCCGCGAAUCCUACCCCCACUAUCGAUGUCUGUCAAUUAGUCUGCCACAUGGGGUGCAUGGCAACAUCCUCUUGGCGACUGGAAUCCUAUUUCCCCGACCUGACCCCGUGGGGGUCGUUGGUGUUAGUGGGAGGAUGUUAGUCUCUAAUAUUUAUAGAAAACGCAAAAGGACAAGACAUGUUGCACAUGUAAAGGAUGAUAACGAAUCGAGUUAUUCCGGGCAAAUUAGGCACCUUCCAUUGGUUCUGGGGCUAGCUGAUACGGAUUUACUGGCUGAAGAAUCCCAUGUUGGACGCCCAGCACACGUUUUGUGGCAGUGACCAAGUCCCAACGCUAAUCCCUGCCCAAUUCUGCAGUACCUGGUACCUGUCUCAGCGACAACGGACCAAUCCCGCAAGCUCUCCCGUCUGUUCUCGUCAGCACGACCCAUUUUCAGCCUUGUCGACAUCCAAUACAGAGCGGCUUCGCCGAAGUCUAUCGAUCCUUUCGGUCGACAGGCCUGGGUUGGCUUGAAGUUCGGAUGAUGGAUGACGGACGGGUAAGCAGCUUAGCAUACGAAGCAGUCGUCCCAUACGCCGGAGUUACGAGGUGUAAGCACUGUAUGUAAAAGAGCUGAACGUCAGGAACCAGAGUUGCGAUAUGGUACCACACAACCACGACCUGAUCGGCAUCCCUGGGUGUGGUGGACACCAAGAUAUUACCUGUUCCGGACAACACUCCGGAUCCCUUCACAAACGCACAAACGCACAGCCUCGGUCUGUCCCGCGGGUUGGCUUGCGCCCCAAGAAGCUGAAUCGACCAUACUCUUUCAGCCCCAAGGCUGCUGUAGUACUUGGACACAUGGAGACUGGGCUCUUUGCUAGUGUAUGCAGCAUGCAAUUAGAAGAGCAGCCUUGUGGGGCCGCUGUAGAAUUGAUGGAGGGGUGGUUCUCUAGGAUGGGAGG